AAAACAAUAUCUCUCACUACUAUACUACCUAAUAUGGCUUCCAAGCUUUCUUAUUCUCUCUCAAUCUUUCUCUUUCUCUUACCUUUCUUUCACAUUGUAAUAGUUUCCGCAGACACCGUAUCAAAUCCUGCAACUCCCGUCUCCCCUGGAACCGCAUGCCAAUCCACCCCAGACCCAUCUUACUGCAAAUCCGUUCUCCCUCCCCAAAACGGCAACGUUUAUGACUAUGGCCGCUUCUCCGUCAAAAAAUCACUAUCGCAGGCUCGAAAGUUCUUGAGCCUCGUCGAUAAAUACCUCCAGCGUCGUUCUUCUCUUUCCGCCACCGCAAUCCGUGCGCUGCAAGAUUGUCGUACUCUCGGGGAACUCAACUUCGAUUUCCUUUCCAGUUCCUUCCAAACCGUCAACAAGACAACCAGGUUUCUCCCUAGUUUUCAAGCCGACGACAUCCAAACCUUACUCAGCGCCAUUCUCACCAACCAGCAAACAUGCUUCGACGGUCUCAAAGACACUGCUUCCGCUUGGAGCGUCAGAAACGGUCUCACACUCCCUCUUUCCAACGACACCAAACUCUACAGUGUCUCGCUCGCUCUCUUCACCAAGGGUUGGGUUCCCAGAUCCAAAGUCAACACCAUGCACCCUACCAAGAAACAACAAGGCUUCCGAAACGGGCGUUUGCCGCUUAAGAUGUCCAGCACAACCCGUGCGAUCUACGAGUCUGUGAGUAGGAGGAAGCUCCUUCAGGCCUCGGUGGGUCAGGCUGUUGUCGUGAGAGAUAUCGUCACGGUUAGCCAAGAUGGAAGCGGGAACUUCACCACCAUCAGUGAUGCCAUUGCUGCAGCUCCUAACAAAUCUUCCUCUACCGAUGGAUACUUCCUUAUCUAUGUCACUGCUGGUGUGUAUGACGAAAUUGUGUCCAUUGAUAAGAAGAAGACCUACUUGAUGAUGGUCGGCGAUGGUAUCAACAAGACAAUUAUCACCGGCAAUCGUAGUGUAGUUGAUGGCUGGACAACCUUCAGUUCCGCAACAUUAGCUGUGGUAGGGCAAGGAUUCGUGGGUGUGAAUAUGACCAUCCGCAACACCGCCGGAGCCGUGAAGCACCAAGCGGUGGCCCUUCGAAACGGAGCAGAUUUGUCCACGUUUUACAGCUGCAGCUUCGAGGGGUACCAAGACACGUUGUACGUUCAUUCGCUGAGGCAAUUCUACAGGGAAUGCGACAUCUACGGCACCGUAGAUUUCAUAUUCGGAAACGCUAAGGUGGUAUUCCAAAGUUGCAACAUGUAUCCUCGUCUCCCCAUGCAGGGUCAAUUCAACGCCAUCACUGCACAAGGAAGAACAGAUCCAAACCAAGACACUGGAAUUUCUAUCCACAACUGUAGCAUUAGAGCAGCUGACGAUUUAGCUUCUAGCAGCGGUGUUUCAACAUAUUUGGGAAGGCCAUGGAAGGAAUAUUCUAGAACUGUUUAUAUGCAAACUUUUAUGGAUGGUUUGAUCAACGGUGCAGGCUGGCGUGCAUGGGACGGUGAUUUUGCAUUAAGCACUUUGUAUUACGCAGAGUACAGCAACAGUGGACCAGGGUCUAACACCAGUAAUAGAGUGACGUGGUCUGGUUAUCACGUGAUUAAUGCCACUGAUGCAGCUAAUUUUACAGUGUCGAAUUAUUUGCUUGGUGAUGAUUGGUUACCCCAGACAGGAGUGUCGUACACCGAUAACCUGAUAUAGAACAUCUACUGACUCACACAUUCACUUUGUUCUUUUUCUUUUGGUAUUUUUUGUAUCUUUAAAAAAAUAAGCUGGCCACUGCCUGUACUCUAAUCUACUAAUACCCCUACCAAAUGUUCAAACUUCAAAGCAUAUUGUUUCAUUGAAAUUAGAAUUAUAAACCAAAUAUUGUAUUGAUUUCUGUCUCAUUCUCAAUUAUUUAGUACU